UUGGAAAAUGAAGGCAGCUGAGCAUGCGAUGCCAUAAGACAUCACUUAAGCUAGUCACCACUUCCUGUUUCCUGAGAAAGCCUGUGCUAGUGGUCUGCCUAGAUGAAAGUCUCUGUGGCUUUAGAGGGAAUGAUUCUCCUUGCUACCUCGAUUUGGCCUUGUGCUGAGAACAUCAAUGCACAAGUAAGUUGUUCUAUGGACUGGCUGAUGGUCACAGUCAGCCCAUCUUCGUGCAGCAGCAAUCUGUAUAUAUUUGCUGAUGAAUUAUUUCUGGGAUUGGGCUGCCCUCCGACUCGGAUACAAACAUAUGCAUAUGAUUUUGUAUACUGUGUUAAUGAUUGUGGCAUCAGGACAAAGGUUAUUUCAAAGGACAUCCUCCUUUUUCAAACGGAGAUGCAUUUUAUCCCAAGGAAUAUGCAUUAUGCCAGUCAGGAAAUCCCUCUGGAGUGUUCGGCCUCUCGAAAAUCAGUGUGGCUUACACCAGUUUCUACCGAUAAUGAAAUAAAGGUUGAUCCCAGUCCCUUUAUUGCUGAUUUUGAGACAACACCAGAAGAGAUAGGAUUAUUAAGUUCCUGUCAGAGUGGCUCCCUGUUUUAA